AUGAAUGACACCAAGGCCCGUCAGUAUGCCCAUCUUGCCCAACAAUUGAAGACCUUACAGGCCAAUUUGUCGCAAACCAGUAAACACAUGGAAACGAUGUCGAACCAGUGCAACGAACACUUGGUGGGCCAGCUGGGAAAAGUCCACGCGUCGUGGUUUAUAGGCGGAAACCGAUGCUUCGAGGAAGAAAUGCUGGGAAAACGCUAG